CGAUGGCAAGACGUCAUUUCUGUCUUUUGACGGAGUUGCGCAAAAAUAAUAAAAAUUUUCGACUCUCACUCACUCAUUACGGCUGCCAUGUUUUUUUUCAUGUGGGGUGUGUGUGUAUAAGUUGUAACAUGAUAAAUUAACCCCAAUAAACUGCAUAAGAAGUAAGGGGUGCACGAAGUGCGUCAUUCAUUAGAGCUAGUGACAAUGCGAUUGCAUACAUUCUAAGUGCGACAAAGCGCUGCCUUAUACGAAAUCGAACCACUAGCAAAGAAUAGGCCAAAGAAAUUAAGGAUGUAUUAGUAACGAAGCAUCUAAAAGGAUCGAUUCAUAUCUCACGGCCCAAGGCAAUUGAAAAAUGGACCCUCGAUUUUUGAGCACAAUGUUGGUAUUUAAUAGCGACCGGAAUUAUCAAGGGCAGGAUGCGUAAGCACAAGAGAGACAGCCGGGCGUGCGCCUGCCGGCCUGCCACUUCCAGAGAACCCCAGACUCCUCGCUCCACCAUCUGAUACCUACACACUUCACGCAGAGGAUAUGCAGUGCUCGAUAACAUUACAAAGAGACCGUGCCAGUGGGAAUAAAAUGAAGACUAACAGUUAUAAGAAUCCUUACCGAAAGGAAGCCAAUCUUGACAACAUUGUGGACCAGCUGUGCACCAGACUCCAAGACAUCAAAGAUCAAGAAAGCGCGUCUCGAGUAGGCAUGCCAACGUGUAACUUUGAACAUAGUGAAGCUGUUCGUCGAUACUACGCUGCCUUCCCGGCUCUGAAGAAAGGUGAAGAGCCCCUGCAGUACUACUUGCCCCCGCCGGCGUGGUGUCGCAAACCAGCGCAAGAUCCUAACGUCAAAAUGCAAAGCGAGCCACUAAUUAAAGAUUGGAAUACUAAAAACAAAAAGUUCUCAUCUGGAAAAGAGCGACGCAAUUCAUACCACGGUCAGAAGAAAAACAAGAAGCGCUGCAACAGCUACAGUAGGUCUUUCGAUAGCAAAGAGAGUCUGCCCGAGUGGGUGACGCACGAGGGAGUCUGGGACAUGGAGACACAAGACCCAGUCAAGGAGUUCAUCCGAGCUAUUGCACUGGACGAAGGCUAUGGUACCUGCGAGAACACCGUAACGGAUGAAAUAAAGGAAAUCACGCAAGUCAAGAUCAGAAUGAGCGAGAACACAGUGCCCGACUGGGACGACAGCCUCGAUCUCGACACCGAGUGGGUCAUCAAUGAAGACCUUAAGCCCAGGGUUCUCACCCCCAUGGAGGAGGAGCUGUACGCGAAAUUCGAAGCCAAAUUCGAUCGGAGUAUCGAGGCCCUGUGGUCUAAAGACCAGAACACGCCCGAUGACGAAUAUCAAGAUCUUCCGAUCGAUUUCCAAGACCUGCUGUCUUCGCCCUCCGAUCACUUGUUUGCCGAUCCGUCCGCCGAGAAAUGCAGUUUGAUAUCUCUCACAGAGAGCAUAUGGUCCAACGACGGCUUCCCCACCGUCGACCGCACCGAGUCGCCGUCUAGGAUCGUGGAGGUGCUCCACGACCGCUUUAAGCCGCUCAACCUGGCCGACGCGCCGCCGCCGCCGCCCGCGCCGCGCGAGAUCGAGUCCUUUUCGCUCUACGAGGGCGAGGAGAUCUACGACGCGCUCUCGACCGUCGCCAAGACGAUGCGCUCCUUCACCGCGAUCAACCACAGCCGCGACCGCAGCGGCUUCGCGGAGGUGCCGCCGCGUCGGCAGAAGGAACGCCCCGCGCUCGCCGGCGCCGCCGAUCAGAAGCGGGCCGAGGAGCCGCGGCGGACGCCGUCCCGCGAGCGCGAGGACCUGCUCACGUCCGCGCGGACGCACUUCCGCCCGAUCCGGCGCGAGUCCGAGAGCGAGACCGCCGCGCGCUACGUCGACGGAGAUACGUUCGACAUCCGCGGCGACCUCGACCCGGUCGAGUUCCGUCGAAGCGAGUCGGGCGGCCUCUACCUCGAGACGUCUCUCGAGCGCUACUGCGAGUACCGCGCGGGAGGCGACGCGGUGGUGGCGACGCGCAGGCGCGGCGAAGCGCGCGGGCUGCGGCUGCGUUUCCCGCUGCGGCAGAUGGACGCGGCCGCGCAGACGGAGGGGCCGGCGGGCGUGGCGAGGGGCGCGUGGGGCGCCUGCGACGAGUGCGGCGGCACGGCCAAGAAGCCGCGCGGCGACGGCGGCGGCAUCGGCGGCAUCUGGAGCUCAGGCGGCUGCGGCUCGUGCCGCGCCGAGCCCGCGGCCGCGCCCGUCGCCGCCGCGCCGCCGCCUGACGAGCUGUCGCGCGAGUGGGAGGAGCUGCUGGGCGACAUCAGCGCGGCGCACGCGGAGUACGCGCGCGCGGCCGUGGAGGACGCGCUGGUGUCGGCGGAGCGCAAGCGGCGCCACAGCGCGGCGCUGCGCGGCGCGCCCGCCUGGCCGGCCGCCGGCCCGCGCCCGCCCGGCUGCUCGCACCCGCACGCGCGCUUCCUGCACUGCUGCGCCGGCGCCGGCGACCGCCCGCUCACGCGCUGAGGGCGACCCCGCACAUCUACUGAGAAAUUUAAUCCCUGUUCGCUUUACGAUCUAAUCACGUUUUUAAAUUUUUAAGUUUUUCCCUAUAAUUAUGACUUAUAUUUCGUUUAUGGCGCAUGUAUUUCGGGAAUCUUAUUGUAAAUCCUGAGCCGUUUUAUGUUUCUUUUUAAACGCUCGUAGUUAAUCGUGUGUUGCGCUUCGAUCGCGGAUUUAAAUAUAUUUAAUUUAAAAUUUCAGUUUGAACUCGUAUUAAAUUUCUCAGAACUCGGGCUCCGAAACAUCCUCAUAUGCUGAAAAUUGAAGGUCGCUCGGGAUCGGCCGUCUCAUUGUCAGAUAUUUAUUUGAUAAUCGCAUACUUUCUCGUAGUGAUUGUGGGCCAUCUUGACAUACUAAUUGGAAAUAUAGUCGAUGACGUAAUUGACAAUUUCGUGCUAUCUCUGUGUAACUAGAGGAAGUGAAGCGGCCUCUAAAAUUAAUAAUCAUGAAACUGCAAUUAGUGUAGCGCGAAUAGUGUGUCAAGGUGGCAGCUUAAUUCCUGUGUCGAGCUAUCGAGCUGCAUUCUGUGUAUAUAUUCUCCUUGGUUAUGGAAGGUGUUAUGUUUACUGAAGUAGUGCGCCCGCGGAGGUGGAUCGAGGCGCCUCGACAUCGCGCUUGCGGUUCAUUCUUCAGGGGUUGUUUUACUCUUUCAAGUGGCAUUAGAAGGGAAGUUAGCAAUAAUAAAUAGGAUAAAAUUAGCAAAGCCUUAAAAUUGUUCUCCUGUUUGGAUAGACAUGUGAAAAGGCUAGAACGUGCUAACAUAUCUUAUGAUUGUAGAUAUUCUGGGAAGGAGUAUAUAUAACAUUACGUUUAGUUCAAUGUUUUCUUUGUAGAUUUGAUAUUGAUGUAGGGUGCGCGGUGGAAUGCUGCGGCCGGCGACAUGAUCAACAAAUAUUUGGUGGAGAUUGAUUAAUGCGGAAACUGAUGUCUGCGAUUUUUUAAUGAAGUAUUCCAUGGAAUACUGUUUACUUGAACUUUAGCAUAAAAUGAACUUUAAGUAUUCUGGUUUUAAAUCUUUUAUUACGAAAAUGUCUGCUUUUUAUUUUUAUUAUAACGCAACAUAAGCGGCAGCAUUCCACUCCGGGCACAUUAGGACGAUUCUAAUAUAAUUCUUACAAUAAUAUCGUCCAAAGUUGUUUAAUAAUUUGUUAAUGUAAAAUAAGUAGUGCAGGAAUUUUUAUUUUUGUUAGUAUUCUUUCGUUUGUUUCUGGCAACCCGUAUUUUCAUUAAAAAUUUUAAAUGGCAAAGAAAUUGUUCUGUUUUCUGUUACUACAUUAUGUGAAGAGACGUGGACGCGAGACGCAUCUCUCUUACGGCAGUGGGCACGACUCGCGGAGCGCUAUAGUGUUCCGUGAGGCGUACGCAGUGUUGUUUGCUGAUCAAAGCUGCAGCUAGAGGUGCGGCUUGGUAAUAUGUGGUUAGAGUGUAAGACAUUGGACUGUUUGUUUUAAUGGUUUGUCCAAUAUGUCUUAAGUUUUAUACGCGGCGAUUUUAUUGAGUAGCCGCAUAAUGUAACGUAGGGCGGCGGCGCGAGGCGAUCGCGGCCGAAACGGGCGCGCCGCUCCGUCAGCCAAAUAGUGUAAUUAAGAACUUUUAUACAAAGAUGGAUAUUGUUAGUCGGAGGCAACCGCCUUCUAGUGUGUCUACGAUCGAGAAAUAUUGUAUCGUACUCUUUAUUUAUCCGUUCAACAUUCUCGAGCGCCGACACGUUUGAAACUGAUAUAUUUUCUUCAAAAAAUGUCUUUUAAGACUACACGGGGCCGGGGAUGGUGAACGGUCGUGGAAGUAAUUGUAACAUAUUCUACUGCUCCUAAUAUGGAUUGAAACAGUUCAUAUAGGCGUAACUGUUUAUAGUUUAUGUAAAACAUAGGAAGUGUAUAUGUUAUAUUUUCGUAUUAUUUUCAUUUUAUAUGGGGGUAGAAUUAUUCCCGUCUAUCGGACGGCGCCUUGCGCGGCCCCGCACGUACUAUAUUUAUUUCGUUUAAAGCCUUGCCUAGUUAAAAUUUAAUAUAAAAUUUUAUAUUCCUGCAAACUUUGCUACUUUAUGUGUCGUGUUUUAUAUAUUUUAUUUUUCUGUAGUGUGAUUUACUUCCGUUUGUAAUAACUGAAAACGAAAAAAACGAUAAAAAAAAUGCCAUUACAUAAAAAAUACAUUGGAAGGCUACUAUUGUAUAUAUUUAGUAUAUUGUGAAAUUAAUGUAUAGACAUAUUCAGUUCUUUGCAAAUGUUAUCAUUAUGUUCACUAAUCCAUCAUUAGUUUCUCUAUCUGAAUAAAAGUAUAUUGAAAUGUAACAUAAUUGACGAGUGAACAUUCCAGCUGUUCACGAUGCUUCAUAUAUUCAGAUACAGAAAUGCCUCACUGUUAUAUGUAAAGUAUCAUCAUAAGUAUGGUUGGGUAUAUUUUAAACUCAUUUCAACUAAUUAAUUCACUUUCAUUUUUGUAAUCACAUUAUCUGUCCAUCACAGAAUCAUUUUGAUUUUUGUGUCAUACUUUCAUUAUAUUUUUGUACUUAUUCCAUUAACGAUAUUCGCUAAAGAACCUCGAUAAAAAAAAUGUUUAGAAAAUCCAAAAAAAAAUGUUACUAGAGUCAAGUUUGCAUAUAAUAUUAUGUUUGAUUAGUUAUAAUCUAAUGUAAUGUGCUUAUGCACUUGUGGACUCCUAUCCAGAACAUCUGUGGAUAUCGAAGUUGUUAACAACUACGACUGUUGACCGAGUUUGCGGUAGUUGCGUGGGGACAGCGAAACAUCAAGCUGUCGCAAACUUAAGAGAUGGGACAUCUAUAAGCUGUUAAGAAUGAUUAAUGAGACUUGUCUGUGAGCUUUAACAGAAUUAUUGAUGUCGUAUCUUUAAAAUUAUUUAAGUAUACUACUUGCACUUUUGACUGUGACGCUAAAUAGCCACUUAUAUAGUGCAAGAGGUUUCGGUAGAUACUAGUCCCCCAAGAUCACAAUUUCACUUUCUUAAAGCCACACAGUAUCUAGUGGCGAGAGCUUUUCUUCGUAACAAUGUAUUUCGAUAUUUAUAACAUGUUUCACCAGCGAAUCUUUGUUCUAUGUUUGCGUUGAGUUGAGAGCAACACAUUUAUAAAUUUUGGACACGUAGCUAUCCAGCACACGUUUUAAAAAGAGAAAAUUACAAAAAUAUAAUAUUCAUAAUAGCAAUUGAAAUUUCUAAAAUCUUGUUAUUGCUCUCUUCUCCGACAAGUGGGUUUGUAACCGAUAGCUGAGUGCCUUGGUUACAUGCAUAUUUGUUAUAAUAAUACUUCAUAUCAAAUUAUAUCAUUUUGUUUCUUUUUGGAAUUUCGUAAAUUCAUUAGAGAUUAAAAAUGUAUCUUAUACACUGGAGUAGGAGCAGUACACAAGGGAUUUCACAUCUUUUUUGGUGCCAAAUGUACUAAAUUCAUUUUUUGUGUAUGUACCUUUAUUCUAAAGAACAGAAUUUUAUAUUGCAUUGUUUGUCACUGAAAAUAAUUGUUAAUUUGUCAGUUUAUUUUUACUGUAUGUUUUGGUAAUUUAUCUCUAAUACUGCACCAAAAAAAAUAUAUUGUGGACUUGUAUAUUGGCACCUGUUUUGUAAAAAUGUAGAUGAAAUAGUAUAUUUAUAAUAUUGGAUUCAAAUUGUACAUGGUCUUCAAAUCCUUACUAUUCUGAUUGUAAAUCUCCAUCUGUGUAGAAGUGGUUAUCCCUGAAAAUAGUUACCAUUUUCAUAAUGUUAGGUUGUGCUCACUACUCUGGUUCUUGCCACAUAUGGGAAGAAAAUAAAAAUAAACAAUCCACA